AAUAGGUAGGAUUACAUGAAGACUAGAGGACACUGCUAAUUGCAGUCGAAAAGUUUCCAUAUGAAAUAAAUUCGUCUGCAUAUAGCAGUAGCCGCUAUAUGCAGUCGGACUUUUUUCAAAAAACUGCAUUUAACCAUAACCGCUAUACGCAGAUUAGUUUUUUUUUCAUGUUUGACUGUAUAUAUUCACUGCUGCUAUAUGCAGUCGAAAAAUAAACAACAUAUUGAAUUGGAUUUAUUUAUAUGUGGAAUGCAAUCACAUUUCGGUCGCAGAACAAUUUAACGUUUAUGUUUAAUUUUUCAUUGCAUUUUUAGCUCUGAGGAAGUGAAGGCGCGCACGCUGAACUUUUCCGGAGCUAAAAAAUUUCGACUGCAUUUAACAGCAGAAGCUAUAUGCAGUCGAAAAAUAUUAAUAUAAUAAAUAAAAGGUUAAAAUUUCGGCUGCAUGUAGCACCAGCAGCUAUAUGCAGACAAAAGACGAAAACUUAAAACUCAACUGCAUAGCGGUUACGGUUAAAUGCAGUUGUAUGAAAAAAUUCCACUGUAUAUAGCGGGUGUCGCUAUAUGCAGUCUUUUCGACUGCAUAUAUAAACGGCCAAGACUAGAUCAUUGGGGAAUUAUAUUCAUAAAUAUUUUCGCCAGAUAGUCAAUUUGAAAGCAUUGAAUGUUUCCACGGGAUAAACAAAAUGCAGUGUAUUCUCUUUGCUUGUGGCUAACUUCACAUCGUUUAUCAUGCAACAGUGUAUGACAUGAACUGUCAGUAUUUUUGCAUAUAAAAAAAAAUUAUGGAAUUGCAUUCAAUGAUGAAUGAAAGACAAGAAAACGCAACAACGAUGGCUGAUUUUCAUGGUAUCCGGAUAGAUCCAGAGAUUUGUAAUGCUUUCUCUGAUUCCAAACCAUCAAAUGCUGAUAUAAAGUGCAUUCAUAAAUUUCUCAAAGGAAAUGACAUUUUACUCCAAACGAAAUCAGAACUGGGCCCAUCUCGUAUGGUCAUUCUAUCAAGUAUGCAACAAUUUCAACAAAUGCAAAGUUAUACUUAUAUAUUGGUCAUUUGCACUAACGAACUGGGUGAAAAGAUCUACAAUGAACUUGAAAAUUUCAACUUUGCAUCCUUGAGAAUCGGUUUACUCGGCAAACCAUCAAUUGGAAAUGACGAAGAGAUGCUUCAGGAACCUACACCGCAUAUUAUCAUUGGUACCCCAGCUCGUAUUUCUGCACUCAUUUUUGACAAAGAACACAUGUUGAAUGAUACAAUUAACAUAAUUGUUUUUGACAGCGAGAUUAUGGUUAACAACUUGGAUCAUUUGGUUUCGAUCAGUUACAUUAUGGAAAAACAGAAGAAAAAAAAAGUCAUGAUGUUUUCGAAUGAAACAUGCAGAGUCGCGCGUCAUUGGUUCGAGAAGUGGGUGGAAAAACCAAUUGAAGUGUUUGAUGAUGCCAUUACAAAACUGAAUAUCAAUGGUUUGCAGCAUUACUAUGUUGUAUUGGAUGAGAUGCAAAAGAUCGAGACGUUGACAGAAUUUUUGAAUAUACUUCAGAUCAAAUCACUCAUUUUCGUUGAGUCAAUGGAAAAGGGUCACAAAUUGAAAGAUAACUUAUCUGUUCUUGGCAUUGAAGGCGUUUCAACUGAUGAAAAAGAAUUUCCUAAUGAAAAGUCUGUGUUGAUAACAACUGAUUCCAUUGCCCCCAAACUAAAAAACAUUCAAGUGGUCAAAACAAUAUUCAACUUUGAACGGGUCGAACAUUGCGAUGAUUAUGUGGAUCGUUUAAACUGUGUUGUCGGUCAAAAUAAUGCAAAAAUCGUUACAUUUGUUUCAUCUGAAAAUGAUGCUGUUUUGAAGGAGUUCGAAAGACGAUUCGGUGCUAACAUAAGAACUGUGACUCCACAAACAAUUUUAUCUCGUUUUGAUCGGUAUAAAAUGUAUCAAUCAAUGUGUUUGCUCUUUAACAUCCUUAUUUUUCGGGCUAUUGCGCAGUUUCUACUGGAUCUUAUUCAACCCGUGUACCAAAAAAUAAAAGCAAUUAAAAAAAAUUAACGACAUAUUUAGCAUUUCAUAUAGUUGGAGAAAACAAACGACUGAAUAAAAUCAAAAUCAAUUCUUGAA